AUAUUUCUCUUCGAACAUUUGAAUAAGAUAAAUAUUUUGAAUGUUUCACUCUUAUCAUCCUAGAAUCAAGUAAUUAAAAGUACAAAUAUAUACCUAAGACCACUACUGCAACAAAAAAUCUUAAAUAAAUGACAUUUCUAAUGCCCCAUGUAACCACACUUUGAAGUUUCUAGGGGGAAGUUCAAAAAGUUUGAAAAUGGAAGAAAAAUCAAAAUUUGAUCAACUUCCAACGCAUCUUUUGAUCCAAAGGCAGCUAGAAGAUGUUAUACGGACCCAGCAGACUGCGUGUGAUGCAUUGAAAGAAACAAGUGUCAUAAAGGAAGAGAUGGUACCAAGGAGUGCAUAUGAUGAUGUUCUGAGAGAGCUUGAGACAGAGAAGAUGGCCCAUGCUAACACCAAUGCACGACUCAUGGAGACUCAGGAUAGACUGGAGUUUGCCUUGGGUGAAAUAGAAAUCCUUUCUAAACAACUUGAGAGAGAAAAGCAACAAUUCUCAAAAACAUUCGGCCUGUUGAAGACAAAGGCGUUAAAAGAAACAACUAAAAACAUAAAGCUAGUCAACAAAUGCACAGUUAUUGAACAACAAUGUGAAAAACAGGAGGAUGUCAUAACUGAUAAACAAGACGAACUCCAAAAACUUUCAAAAAAAUUAAAGGACCAAGAAGAAAUCCACAAAAAAACAAUAAAUGAGUUAGAAGUCCAAAGACAACAAGAACUUUAUAUAUCAAGGAUGCUAGAAGGAUCAAAUGACUCUAAAACAUCAAAACGAAAAAAUAAUUUAAAGGCAAAACCAAAGAAUAGCUAGCUAUCAUAUUAAACAAGCCUGAUGAAAAUGCUGAUAUAAACUGAACAAUAAUAUAAAAAAGUGUACCGUUUACUCUAACUGUAUGUAAUUCCAGAUAAUAACGCAUUUGCACUGGAUUCAAAUUCUAAAAAUAACAUCAACCACAAUACAUUUGAUGUUGUGCAAAGUAAUGUAGUAAUGGGGAACUGAAUAAUGGAUGGACAAAUCCAUUAUUCAUCAUUGUUGAGAAUUAUGAUUCUUGAGAUUCUCUUGUCGUAGUAACAUCAUGUCUUGCCAUAGUGACAUGAGACAAUUAAAUUUCAGGAAUCAUGAUCGACUGUUUUGAAAACAAUUGUAUGUGAUAAAGAUAACAAUUAAAGCAAUAAAAACAUAUUUAU